AUGUCUAUCGAAGAGCCUAGCACACAGCACAUUGCUCAACCUCAAAAAUAUGUUGGUUUCGAUACCAUCACUACCCAAAUUGAAAAUAGAUUGUUGAAAAGAGGAUUUCAAUUCAACAUUAUGGUUGUUGGUAGAUCAGGUUUAGGUAAAAGUACUUUAGUCAAUACUUUGUUUUCAUCCAAGUUAACUACAUCUCAGGGUAGAAAACUGCCAAGUGAACCUAUUGAAAAAACAACCGAAAUCAAAGUUGCUUCCCAUUCAUUAUUAGAAAAUAAUGUAAGAUUGAAUAUUAAUGUUAUUGACACACCAGGGUUUGGCGACCAAAUAAAUAACGAAAAAUGCUGGGAACCAUUAGUCAAAUAUGUAAAAGAACAACAUUCCCAAUAUUUGAGAAAGGAAUUGACUGCUCAAAGAGACAAGUUUUUGGCAGACACCAGAGUUCAUUGUAUAUUGUAUUUUAUUCCACCAAACGGACAAAAAUUGAAACAAUUGGACGUCCAAGCAUUAAAGAAAUUGAGCGAGAUUGCCAACGUUGUUCCUAUUAUUGCUAAAUCAGACUCCUUGACUUUGGAUGAAAGAAGUGAGUUUAAAAAAUUGUUACAACUGGAGUUUAUGAAGUAUAACUUUAACAUAUACCCUUACGAUAGUGAAGAUUUGUACGAAGAAGAAAGACAAUUGAAUGAAGACAUAAAAUCCUUGAUUCCAUUUGCCAUUGCUGGAUCAGAGUCGGAAAUUGAAAUCAACGGCGAAAUGGUUAGAGGAAGAAAAACUAAAUGGGGAGCUAUCAAUAUUGAAGAUGUUAGUCAAUGUGAAUUUGUCUUUUUAAGAGACUUUUUGACUAGAACUCAUUUACAGGAUUUGAUUGAAACUACUGCUUUGACUCAUUAUGAAACUUUCAGAUCCAAACAAUUAAUUGCUUUGAAGGAAAAUGCGUCUAAUCCAAAUAGACAAUCCCAAGUUCAAAAAGAUCAAGGGCAAACCUCUCAACAAGACCCGAAAAACGCCACCGGUGUACCAAAUGCUCCUAUGUUCCAAUCAACUACAGGUACAGCUGCUGCUAGAUAA